AUGGUGAAAGCAAGAAAGUACGUAGCAAAUAAAGAUUUUCAAGGAGUUCCAAAACGCGAGGAUUUUGAUCUUGUAGAAUAUGAACUCCCUCCACUCAAAGAAGGAGAAUUUCUUGUUAAAGCUGAAUGGAUAAGUGUUGAUCCGUAUCUCCGGUUCUUGAAUUCGAAGAUUCCGGCACCGUAUGACCAAUUCGGAUUUCAAAUUGGAACAGUUCAGGAGUCAAGGAAUCCUUCUUACCCUGUUGGGACACAAGUUGUAACUCACGAAGGAUGGUGCGAUUACAGUAACGCUAAAGAAACAGAUGACCCAUUGGCAAAGGUAUACAAACUUCCUGAUUUACAAGGAUUGCCCACUGAACUUGCUCUCGGUGUUAUUGGAAUGCCUGGUGUGACUGCUUACUUCGGUUUCCUCGAAAUCUGCCAACCCAAAGCUGGCGAGACUGUUGUAGUAACGGGAGCCGCUGGGGCUGUCGGAUCCGUCGUAGGUCAAAUAGCUAAGAUUAAGGGCUGCAGAGUGAUUGGAUUAGCUGGUUCAGAUGACAAAGUGCAGUGGUUGGAGAAGGACUUAGGAUUCGAUAAAGCAAUUAAUUAUAAAACAGCUGAUAUACAUAAAGCCCUUGCAGAAGCGGCUCCAAACGGCAUUGAUUGUUAUUUUGACAAUGUUGGAGGAGAAAUAAGUAGCAUCAUUAUCGGAAAAAUGAAUCAGUAUGGAAGAGUUGCUGCGUGCGGUAGUAUAAGCGCAUAUAACGAGGAUCCAACAAAAAUGCCCAAAGCGACAGUUCUACAGCCCACUAUUAUACUUAAAGAACUGAAAAUUGAAGGUUUCCAUGUGUCUCGUUGGUCUCAGCCAAAGGACAGAUGGCCAGAGGCAUUCUCUGAUCUUGUGCAGUGGAUCAAAAAUGGACAGAUUGAAGUAAGAAGCCACGUGACAGAAGGUUUUGAUAACAUUUACGACGCAUUUAUUGGAAUGCUUGCAGGAGAAAAUACUGGGAAAGCUGUUGUUAAAAUAUAACAUUCCUAUUAAUUUUUUAUU